CAUCACGUGUUGGCUUUAUAGUGUCGCGGAGUACGGAGUAAACGAAGUAGAGGAUGUUUACUUAUGUGUACAAUGAUUGAAAAUCCUAGAUACAGCACGAGAUCUACAUAAAACUACACCAUAUAUCAUGUAUUCUACUACUUCUAUUUAAGUUAAAUGCUGUUGCUACGCAGCUUGGACAGUCAGUUCGCUACUAUGGCUGAGAUCUCGGAACAACUCCCCAGCUGUGGGCCCAUCGAAAAACAUCUCGCAACCACCAACAUACACCUGGCUCAUUCCGAGAUAUCGCUCUCAAGUCUCAGGAUAUGAGCAAUGCGGUCUGGGUCGCAUGGCGGGUUCCAUGCAUGGGGCUCCGCGCCUCUGUGCUGCCCCCGGUGACAUUCCGCCCUGCCUGUCGCGAUCUCCGCAUUACCCCAUGGCGCAUGUUCAGCACCUCGCAGCGCCCAUUAGGGGUGCUGAACCCCCUGCCCCGACUAAACACAUCCCUCUCCCGACCAGCAUCUCCUCCGUUCUGCUCUCAACAACUCGCUCCGUCUGUUCCCCGCCGAUUCAAAAGGACCGUCGGCCCCAAUCCUAAAUCAGAUCCGUCGGAGGUCCAUCCCCGCAAGAAGCCUUUCACCGAUGCCGAAGUCAAAGCCAUAUUUGGACGCUCCAGUCUCUCCCCGAAACUGGCUAACCGCGUCCUUGCCGUCUUGCAUGCCCACCGUCUAGCCGGUACACUCGACGCAGACUUGCCAGUUGACAUCAACCGCACCGUCGCCCAACACCAGAUUGAUACUGCUCUGGACUGGCUUCGACGUGAAUACCCGGUUGACGAGGAUGCCGCUAUCAUGGUCCGCAUUGAGCGCGAAGAGCGUGAGGAGGAAGAGAAGCUCAUCCGCCGCGCUGAAAAGCUAGGCCUGUACAAGCCCCAGAGUGGUUCUUAUGAUGCUGAGCUCGGCGAGGAAGGCUCUCCUUACGGAAGGAGUGUCCUCAAAGAAGGCCGUGAGCAGAAUGAGAAGCGUUUGCUGGCGGAGCAGGAACGUAAGCGUCAGGAAUGGCUUGAUGGAGAAAAGGAAGAGCAGGAGCGGUUGAAGCGUCAAUUUGGCGAGAAUACUUCCCUGCAGCAGUAUCAAGAGGCUGCUCUCACUGAAGCUCGCCCUCGUGCCGAUCCUGCCCUAAGGCCAUAUCUCGCUUGGGUUCAGAAGCAUCACAUUGCUGGUACCCAUGAGACACCCGAAACGGUGAACAUUACUGCGGCUCAACGUCUACUCGCUCCACUUCUAUUCACUAUCGUGACUCUUGGACUUUGCUAUGCCUUUACUCAAUACUAUAAGUUCCCGGCACGAAAGGACCGUUUCAUGCCAGAUAUCCCUCCCGCUGUGGCGACUGUGGGAGCCAUUGUUGGAGCUAAUCUGGCUGUUACUCUUCUUUGGAAAUACGUCCCUCCAUCGUGGAGAUUGCUUAACCGUUACUUCGUGAUCGUUCCGUACUACCCUAGUUCACUUGGUAUGAUUGGGAGUGUUUUUAGUCACCAGACCUGGAGACAUCUCGGAACGAACAUGAUGGUCCUGGCACUUAUGGGUACUCGAGUCCACGACGAAAUUGGCCGCGGGAAUUUCUUGGCUAUCUACUUCGCCUCCGGUGCGGUGGGAUCCAUCUUCUCGUUGACACGCAGUGUUUUACUCGGCCGUCUGGGUAUGACCUCCCUCGGAGCCAGUGCCGCAACUAGCGGUAUCGUCGCCGCAUGGUGCAUGUCCCAUUUCGAUGACAAAAUCACAAUGUGGAUUCUUCCCCACGAGCUACGAGAGAAAAUCUGGACUCACGGUUGGGUUUUCCUCGCUUGUUUGGUUGGCACUGAGGUUUUCAGCUUGCUGGCUCCUGCGCGCUUCUUCCGUGUGUUCCCUCUUUCUCGACUGGCCAAGAUGGACCACGCUGCUCAUCUGGGCGGAUAUGUUGCUGGUGCAGGAUGUGGAUAUUCUCUAAUGAAGAAGAAGGAGCGUGAAAGGAAGGCCAGAGAGUCCAAGUGGUUCUAAUCUAUAAAUGUUGAUCUGGUUUUCCAGAUCUUCCGGUCAACACUUACGAACGUGGCUAUUCUAUACUUUGUAUUAUACUGUUGUUACUACGGCUGAAUCUAACCUUUAUACUACUCAUUUACUUGUGCUGUGUGUUUUUGUACCCUGUUU